AAUGAAGACUCUGAUAAAAUCUGACUUUUCAGAUCGCUAACACUCCGAUCGAAUUCAGGGCUUUGAGAAUGACGGCAAUGGCGUCGGCCGAAUCUCCGUCGCACGACGACGUAUCGGAGGAGAUGUCGGAUCUCCUCCCGCUCGCCUCCGCCGCGCAGCAGCCAUACGUCUCCGAGCUCCUCUCCUUCACUCUCGAUCGCCUCCAUAAGGAACCGGAAUUGCUGAGAGUAGAUGCGGAGAGGAUACGGCGGCAGAUGCAAGAGGUGGCGGUGGGGAACUACCGUGCAUUCAUCGCGGCGGCAGAUGCGUUGCUCGAGAUCCGAGAGGAGGUUUCUUCGAUCGACAAGCAUCUCGAGUCUCUGAUUGCUGAAAUUCCAAAACUAACAUCCGGCUGCACUGAGUUUGUUGAUUCGGCUGAAAAUAUAUUGGAAAAGAGGAAGAUGAACCAAACAUUACUAGCAAACCAGAGCACUUUGCUUGAUUUACUUGAAAUUCCUCAACUCAUGGACACAUGUGUGCGGAAUGGAAAUUUUGACGAAGCUCUUGACUUAGAAACUUUUGUCGCAAAGCUUACUACAAUGCACCCAAAAAUUCCUGUGAUUCAGGCUCUAGCCGCAGAAGUUCGGCAGACCACUCAGUCCCUUCUUUCUCAGCUUCUUCAGAAACUUAGGUCUAAUAUUCAGUUACCAGAAUGCUUGCGCAUAAUUGGAUAUCUACGUCGAAUAGGAGUUUUCAGUGAGUAUGAAAUGCGCCUACAGUUUUUAAGAUGCCGUGAAGCCUGGCUGACUGGAAUACUUGAUGAUUUAGACCAGAGAAAUCCUUAUGAAUAUUUGAAGGGGAUGGUAAAUUGUCACAGAAUGCACCUUUUUGAUGUUGUUAAUCAAUACCGAGCCAUCUUUGCUGAUCACACAUCAGAGAGUGAAGAAAAUUAUGAUGGCGGGCUUCUCUUUGAUUGGGCCAUGCAUCAGAUUACCUCACAUCUGAAAACUCUUAAAGUUAUGCUUCCAAAGAUCAGUGAAGGUGGAUCCUUGUCGAAUAUUCUGGAUCAAUGCAUGUAUUGUGCCAUGGGCCUAGGAUGGGUUGGUUUGGAUUUUCGAGGGCUGCUUCCCCCGCUAUUUGAAGAAGCAGUUCUUAAUUUAUUUUCGAAGAAUAUGAGUUUUCCUGCCAAUAGUUUUGGCGACGAAAACCAUGAUGAUGUUACUCCUCCUUCAAGUCUUAUGGAACAUCCACCUCUUGCUGUUUUCAUCAAUGGUGUAUCUGCAGCAAUGAACGAACUACGCCCUUGUGCUCCAAUAAGUUUGAAACACGUGCUGGCUCAACAACUAGUCAAGGAUUUGCAGGCCGUUUCCGAAACCCUACUGAGAUACCACACAACCAAAAUGCUCAAAGACAAUGAGUCUCAACUUUUCCUCAAACUUUGCCAAGCAUUCGUCGAGGUUGCUUUCCCACAUUGCGCGGCAUGCUUUGGCCGCUGCUACCCUGGCGGAGCUGCUCUGAUUACAGAUGCCAAGAACUUGUUCGACGGAAUCAACCGCCUAUUAGCAACAUCACCAUCCAGAGAACUACCAAAACCAGUCCAGAACCAGAACAUAGAGAUCAAGAACGCCUCAGAAAACGGCAAUGCCUCUGUGAUCGAGAAUGGGGUCAGCCAUGGUAUUGAGCGGACGGGAAGCUCCAGUCAUGACGAGAAGGAACCGAAUAGUGUAAGCUCAGAGAAGGAAGUCAAGGCAGCGGCAGCUGCUACAAGUGAAGAAACUCAACAACCACCAGUAUCAUCUUGAAAAAUUUAGUUCCCCAGAAAUUGGCCUUCAUUGUAAUUAUAAACAUUUCAACAACUUUUCUUUUAUUAUAGCGAGUGAUUGGACUUUAAAAAAACAAGAAUCCUUCAUGUUGAGAAUGCUUGUGUUAGGUUGAGGUUAAUUCUUUUUGUAGUAUGUUGUUAGACAAUUAAACGAGAGGUGUAGUAAUAAUUUUGACUUAUUAGUGGAACCUUACAAAUACUA